UCUUGUCUUUGCCUUGCAGCACUGAGACUUCGUCAAAGGAAUUAUACUACUGCUGCUACUACUACUCGCAUACACAUACACGCCUUCAGCGCCAAACAAGCGGCCUUUACAGACACAAUGCCAAGCGCAACAUCGCCGCCGCCGGGUCCUGACCCCACCCUCCACCUUCCGCGUAUUCUCUGCCUCCACGGCGGCGGCGUCAACGCCUCCGUCUUCAAGGUCCAGUGCCGCGCCCUCAUCUCCCGUCUUAAGAACAGCUUCCGUCUUGUCUUCGUGGAUGGACCUUUCAUGUGCGCCCCGCACCACGACAUCGUCUCCGUCUACGGCGACUAUGGCCCUUUCCGCCGCUGGCUGCGUUGGCUUCCCGAGCACCAGGCCGUAGACGCCGAGACGGCGUCCGCCGAGAUCCACUUCCAACUGCGUAUGGCAAUGGACGACGACGACGCUAUCGGCGCGACGGGGGAGUGGGUGGGGUUACUGGGAUUCAGCCAGGGUGCCAAAAUCAGUGCCAGCUUGAUGUACACACAACAACAGCUGAAGAAGAAGUACGGCAAGCGCAUCACGUCGGCGGGCGGCUCUGCAGACUGGAAGUUUGGCGUGCUGCUUGCGGGUAGGGCACCGUUAAUCGUGCUUGACGAUAGGUUAGAGGUGCCGCAGGGUGUUGGCGACGCGGCCGAGGCGAGCGUCGAGUUCCACGACUGGCCGACAGGUUCUGGGACGGAUCAUGUCUUGAAGCUGCCGACAAUUCACGUCCAUGGCAUGAAGGAUGCCGGAUUAGACCAUCACCGGGUGCUGUUGAAGCAGUACUGCCAGCCGGGGACGACGCGGUUGGUCGAGUGGGAUGGAGCUCAUCGCGUACCCAUCAAGACGUGGGACGUUGAGGCGGUUGCGACACAGAUCCUCGAUCUUGGGAGAGAUCUGGGGAUCGUGACGGAGGACAUUGUGGCAUAGACUUUGCGUGAGCUGCAUAGCAUAUUGGCGAGAUUGUUCGAGUACCCAUUUACUUUUGUUUCCACAUUUUCGUUGGAUAUUUUCAUGAAAGCAU